AUGAAUGUUGAUCGUAGGAAAUCAUUUUUCAUUCGAUUAAUUGCAAAAUCAACUGAACCUGGUGUUGUUAUUAUUCGAAAAAUUGAAACAGCUGGCAAUUGGUGUCCACUUCUAACAUUAUCACAAUAUGCUUGCAAAAAACUUAGCUGUACAUUUCGUAAUACUUUUUGUGAUUAUAAAAUGGAAAAAAAUUCACGUGCUAAUAUUUUAUUCAACAUCGAUGAAAAAGGUAUUAUAGCAAAUAUUAACAAGGGAUCUGGUUUAGCCGUAUUGCGAUCGCCACAGUUUAAGCUUUCACGUCCGAUUGAAUUGCAAAUUAAGGUAUAUCAGUCAACAUUCGGUUCUCAGACAUUCUUAUGUGGUAAUGAUUUUAGCAAUUUAUAUGAUUGUCAAUCGAUAUUAGGCCCAAAAAUAGAAUUACCAAGAACAGAAAAAGUAAUCAUAUCACUUGAUCAGGAUACACAAAAUUUCACAAUUGUUGCAGUGCAUGAUAAAUUUGUUGAAUUUGGUGCAGCAAAAUUUAUCAUUUCAAAUAUUGAAGUAUUAGAUGAAAAUGGAAAUUUAUUAUGUUAA